AUUUUCCAAAGAGCAACGUGAUGACGUUUCCACCUGCGACCUAUGCCUGCGACACGCAUUCGACAGCCAUGCGCCAGCUGCAGCGUUGUUAUGGUCGCUUCUGUAAUAAGUUGAAUAUUCCCGACUAGACGCCACGGUAAAGUGUAUAUCUGUAAUAAAGGGACAUAGUUUACAGGGGAACAGAGGAGUUGGAGGGUGGCGGCGAGUCAGCGUGGCAAGCGGACCCGCUUCCUGCUUCUGUUUGACGGCUGUGGGAGUGUGAGAGGAGCAGAGGACUGCCAUGUAGCUGAAGCAGAAGAAUGAACAGUCAGCACACUCCAACAGAUGGGACAGACGACCACACGGUCCGGCAGGCGAAUGAACUAGAAGCUCUCGCCUCUAUCUUUGGAGAUGAUUUCCAGGAUCUGCGGAACAAAGAUCCGUGGAAGGUUAAAAGACCUCCAGAGGUGCACCUCUGCCUGCGGCCCAAGGGGCUGAACACUGGUGAUGAAUGCUACGUGACUGUGGACUUGCUGGUCAAAUGCCAGACCACAUACCCUGACGUGCCUCCAGAGCUGGAGCUGAAAAAUGCCAAAGGUUUGUCGAACGAAAACCUCCAGAACCUGCAGAGUGAACUCACCAAGCUGGCGGCAGUAAGAUGUGGAGAGGUGAUGAUUUAUGAGCUAGGAGACCACAUCCAGGGCUUUCUGAGCGAGCACAACAAGCCUCCAUCGAGCUCCUUCCAUGAAGAGAUGCUGAAGAACCAACGAAAGCAGCAGGAGAAGCGAGACCAGGAGGAGCAGCAGAGGAUGGACCAGCGGCGCAAGCAGGAAGAGGAGACGGAGAAAGAAAUCAUGGCUGAAAUCCAAAGAAGAGAGGAAGAGAAACGAGAGGAAAAGAGAAGAAAGGAAAUCGCCAAACAGGAGCGCCUUGAAAGCAUCGAGCAGUCAGUCUCUACUAACCCCACCCUUUUGGGAAAGAGCCCACCCAGCCCAGGUGCAGCUCCUCCUGAUCCGACUGAAACUAAGAAACUGUUCGGUAAUCGCCGUCGCACUACCUCUACUUCUCGUCACAGACGUGACACGGUAAAUGAAGACAGUCAUCGCCCACAGGAGCUUCUUCACUUCAACAGCAGCACUUUUGGAGAACUUGUCGUGCAUCAAGGAAAAAGUUUAGGGGAAAGCGAGAGACUCCGUCGUAAUAUCUACUAUGGAUUUGAAGUUAACUCUGGAGAUUUUGCUGUGAUCUACGAGUGGUCGCUGCGCUGGAACAAGACGAUGGGCAAGUUCUUCACCAACCAGGAGAAAGGAAAGAUUGAGAGCUGCAAAAAGCAGAUCCAUGCAGCAGAAAACGAGUUCAACUCCCUCCUGCGGCUGGAUCAUCCAAAUUUGGUGCAUUACAUCGCGCUGAGCUCCACAGAGAAGGAGGACUGCCUGGUGGUAAACAUGCUGGUGGAGCAUGUGGCCGGCACCAACUUGAACCAAAGCCUGAUCACUCAGACUCCUGUCCCUCUGGAUAAACUGAGUCAUUACACAGCUCAGCUGCUGGCUGCACUCGACUACCUUCACUCUAACUCUGUGGUCCACAAACAGCUGGGUGCCUCCAGCGUUCUGCUGGACUCUGAGGGAAACGUUCGAUUGACGGAUUACAGUUUAUCAAAGAGGUUUGCUGAUAUCUGCAAAGAAGAUAUUUUCGAGCAGGCCCAUGUUCGUUUCUCAGAGGAGACGAGCAUGCCGACCAAAACGGGGAAGAAAGGAGAUAUAUGGAAUUUGGGGCUGAUGCUGCUGGCUCUGAGUCAGGGGAAGGAGGUGAACGAGUAUCCAGUGACGGUGCCCACUAGCCUGCCUGCUGACUUCCAAGAUUUCCUGCAGAAGUGUUUGUGUCUGGUUGAUGCUGAACGCUGGACCGCACAGCAGCUACUGGAACACUCCUUCCUCAAGCCUCCUUCACCCAAAAACCUGCCAGAGUACCAGGAGGCCAGCCCAGAAGAUCUUCCUGAGGACUUUCCCUCCUCAGUCAUCCCACGGAGCCACAUCCUCAAUGCUCCCUUCAUCUCCGGGGUGCAGAGGCAGUUUUCUCGCUACUUUGAUGAGUUUGAGGAGCUCCAGAUGCUUGGAAAAGGAGCUUUUGGUGCUGUGAUUAAGGUUCAAAAUAAACUUGACGGUUGUUACUACGCUGUGAAACGCAUCCAAGUCAACCCCGCCAGUAAACAAUUCAGGCGCAUCAAAGGCGAGGUGACGCUGCUCUCGCGCCUCAAUCAUGAGAACAUCGUCCGCUACUACAACGCCUGGAUCGAGCGGCACGAGAGUCCCUCGGGGGGAGAUCUGAACAGCAGUGACAGCUCUGAGCCUUGGAGCCCUGCCCACAAAUCUCCUAGGGCUAAAGAGAGUCCGCGGUGCUUCAACGAGCUCGGCCUGCCUGACAACGUGGAGGACAUCGCCCCGCCUCCUGCUCUGUCCAGCUCUGUGGAGUGGUCAACGUCUAUUGAAAGAUCCUCAACCGCCAAAUGUAGCAGAAACCAGUCAAGUGAUGAAGAGGAUGAGGAUGAUGAGGAAGAUGUGUUUGGAGCCUCAUUUUUGCCGUCAGACAGUGACUCCAGGAGUGACAUCAUCUUCGACAACGGCGAUGAAAGCUUGGAUGAGAUUUCUCAGGUUGAGCCAAGCAGAAGAACCACAACUGAAACAGAGACCACAGACUCAGAUCGACCUCUGCUCAUUGCACAUCACCUGUACAUACAAAUGGAAUACUGUGAAAAAAGCACUUUAAGAGACACCAUUGAUCAAGGUCUGCACGAGGAUCAACAUCGGUUAUGGAGACUUUUCAGAGAAAUUCUGGACGGGCUUGCUUACAUCCAUGAGCAGGGCAUGAUUCAUCGGGACUUGAAGCCUGUCAACAUUUUUCUUGACUCUCAAGACCAUGUGAAGAUCGGAGACUUUGGCCUGGCUACAGACCAUCCUGCUAAUGUGGCUGCAGGAAAAUUUGACGUGGAGGAGAGCGGCUCAGUAGUGAUGUUUAAACCAGACCCAACAGGUAACAUGACAGGCAUGGUUGGCACUGCCCUGUAUGUAAGCCCUGAGGUUCAAGGAAACACCAAAGCCACCUACAACCAAAAAGUUGACCUGUUCAGCCUUGGAAUCAUCCUGUUUGAGAUGUCCUACCGGCCCAUGACCACUGGGGCUGAACGCAUCUCUGUCCUGAGCGAGAUUCGAGUGGAGCCGACCACCUUCCCUGAGGACUACAACGAGUAUCAGCAAGGAACACAAAGGAAAGUGAUCGAGUGGCUGUUGAACCACGACCCCGCAUUGCGGCCCACCGCUCAGGAGCUGCUAAAGAGCGAACUGCUGCCUCCACCACAGCUUGAGGAGUCGGAGCUGCAUGAGGUUCUGCAGCACACCAUGGCUAAUAUCAACGGCAAAGCUUAUCGCACCAUGGUGGGCCAGCUGUUCGCCCAGAACACAACUCCUGUCAUGGACUACACCUAUGACAUUGACCUGCACAAGGGCAGCUUCAGUUUCAACGGUGCCAAAUUGCAGCAGUAUGUGCACGAAACAAUCACCAGGGUCUUCAAGAAGCAUGGUGCGGUGCGUCUCCAGACACCGCUGCUCCUCCCCAGGAACAGAAAGCUGUAUGAUGGCAGCGAGCCGGCCUGCUUCAUGGAUCACAGCGGAAUGCUGGUUACACUGCCCUAUGACCUCCGAAUGGCAUUUGCAAGAUUCGUUGCCCGCAAUAAUAUAACACAUCUGAAGAGGUACAGCAUCGAACGUGUUUUCAGGCCCAGGAAGCUGGACCGAGCUCACCCGCGGGAGCUCCUUGAGUGCGCCUUUGACAUCAUCGCACCCGUCACUAACAGCCUCCUUCCUGACGCUGAGACCAUUUACACCAUCUCCGAGAUUGUCCAGGAAUUCCCUGCACUCCAGGAAAGGAACUAUAAUAUUUAUCUGAACCACACCAGCUUGUUGAAGGCCAUCUUACUGCACAGCGGAGUCCCCGAGGACAAGCUGAGCCAGGCCUCCAACAUACUGUGUGACGCCAUGAGCGAAAAGCUGACCAAACGUGAGGUGGAGGCAAAGUUCUGCAACAUUUCACUGUCAACCAACAGCUUGCAGACACUGUACAAGUACAUAGAACAGAAAGGGGACCUGCAGGACUUGGCACCGCUGCUGACAUCACUCACCAAACAGAAGACUGCCGUCACCCAGCUGGCCAAGCAGGGCCUCAAGGACCUGGAGGAACUAACCAUGCUGCUGCAGAAACUGGGAGUGAAACUGCAGGUGGUGGUCAACUUAGGCUUGGUGUACAAAGUGCAGCAUCACUCCGGUGUCAUCUUCCAGUUUGUGGCUUUCAUCAGGAAACGCAAGCGAACUGUGCCAGAUAUAGUGGCCGCUGGAGGACGCUACGAUCACCUGAUCCUGGAGUUUCGAGGUCCUGCUUCCACAGUGCCGGUGCUCUCUGCAGUGGGGGCCAGUGUGGCCCUGGACAAAGUCUGUGCUGCAAUGGCCAGCAUGGAGGAGCCAACAUCAGUGAGCACCUGCGAUGCACUGGUAGUCCCAGUGGGGCAUUCUUCCAUGUCCAGAGCUGUCAACGUUGUGCAGAAGUUGUGGAGUGCCGGUGUCUCUUCAGACAUAGCCUAUGAUUUCUCACAGUCUCAGGAGACGUUGCUGGAGCAUUGCAGGCUCGCUGGAAUCAGCUGCAUGGUCCUGGUCUCUGACAAAGAGGGAAACUAUGUGAAGGUGAAAUCCUUUGAGAAGGACAGGCAGUCUGAGAAAAGGAUCCCCGAGUCAGACUUAGUGGACCACAUCAUUCAGAAAUGUCGGACCAAGUUCUUUGAGGACAGAAACAUCAGAGAAAUCUCUGAAAGCAUGUCUCUCCAGAACCCUAAAGGAUCGCUGCUCAACACCACAGGUUCCUCAGAGCAGCACGGCAGCAGCAGCACCACGAAUUUGAGUGUGAACGUAAUCAGCCCGGAAAAAGUUUCUGCCAGUGCUAGACGACGCUACGAGACUCAGAUCCAAAACAAGUUACAGAAUCUCUGCGGCAAUUUGCAGAACAAGAGCAAUGACAUUGAGGUUCUGGCAGUGGAUCUGCAGAAGGAAACGCUGGUCAACUUCCUGUCUCUUGAGUUUGAAAGUGAAGAGCAGUUCAACAGCAGUGUGAAGACUCUGCUGUCUCGUCUCCCAAAGCAGCGCUAUCUGAAGUCGAUCUGUGAUGAGAUCCACCAUUUCAAAAUUGCAAAAAGGAUGGCUGUGGUGGUCUUAUACAGCUACAAGGACGACUACUACAAGAUCCUUCUGUGAAACUAAGGGGGUUUCACCAGCCUGGGAGAUGUGCUGCUCUGCUUCAAGGCUCAGGCGACUUCCAGAGACUAUUUCCAUCCUUGGACCAGAGGAGCAAGCUGAACAUUGACGGAUUUGUAUCUUUUCUAUUUUGAAAAGAAGAGCAGAGAAGACGGGGAGUGUUUUUUUUUUUUAUCAUGUUGAAUGGUAAUUUAGAUUUUUGAUCUAAACUCCGUGACUUUCCCAAGUCGUUCCAGUGUUUUUGUGGUCUUUCUCCAACUAAUUAGGAGAAGCAGUCCACUGGACUUUGUUGCCUUAAUAGAACUGAAAAUGUUGUGAAAGGGCUUUUUAGUGAAGAUUGUGUCAGAAAUACAAAUAUUUUACAUUUCUACUCAAAAAAGUAUGAAUGGUAGAAAUAAAUCACGUUUUCCCACAUGGA